UAUCAGUUGGACUGUGUGCAAACAAAGUAAAACAAAACAAAAUUAAAAUGAAAUUCGUGAUUGUCUUGGCUUGUCUUUUGGCUGUCGCCUACGCCAACGAAGAGGCUGAUGUUGUUAACAGCUAUCAAGAAGUGAAUCCCGACAGUUUCAAAUACGAAUACGAGCUAACCAAUCACAUUAAAGCCCUGCAAGAAGGUGUUUUACACGACAAAGAGAACUGGCUAGUUAAGGGCGAAUACGAAUUCGUUGAUCCCCAUGGCAAACAUGUUCAAGUAGUUUACACUGCCGAUGAACACGGUUACCAUCCCAAAGUUCUUCUAUAAAUUCUUUAAAAUUAACUGAGUAUUGAAUUGUACCGAGAUCGUGAUGUAAUAAAAGCGUUGUUUUAUUGUUAACAAAUUUAACGGAAAAAAAAAAA